CAUAGUUUCUUCAAUAGUAAUCAAUUCUUUAUACAUCGUCUAACAAGAAGCAUAAUAUCCAGAAAAAUGUUUCAGACUUGUACUAUUGACUCAGAUUCUAGUGACAGUACUCUUAUAAAUAAUAUUAAAAGAAGGAAAACAGUUUUGGAAGAGUCCAUAAAAACAUCUGCUGAUUUUCUGCGAAAAACUUUGCCAUACAAGCCUACCAUUUUAGUCAUUUGUGGUUCAGAAUUAGGUUUUCUGACGAAGGACUUAGAGGACAUCUCAGAAAUUUCUUAUUCUUCAAUACCAAAAUUUCCAACAACUGCAGGGACUAAUAAAGGCAAAUUGAUUCUUGGUAGAAUAUCCAAAGUACCAGUCUUGUUUAUGCAAGAAAGAUUGCAUCUAUACGAGGGUCAUCCAUUGUGGAAAUGCACCCUUCCAAUAAGGAUACUCCAAUCGUUAGAAAUCAAAGUUAUGUUAAUUUCAAAUACUUCUAGAGCAGUAAACAAACUUUACAAGAAAGGCGAUGUAAUGAUAAUCGAAGAUCACAUAGAUUUAGCCCGUCUAUUGGGCAAUUUCUCUCUAAGAGGUCCUGAAGAAAACUUAUUUGAUUUCGACUACAAUCCUUUUAACAAGAUUUACGAUAAGAAACUCAUUGAAACUGGUGUGAAUAUAGGAAAAGAAGUGCUGGCCAAACGAAGAGUCCACAAAGGAGUAUAUUCUUUCUCAGCAGGUCCUAAUCAGGAAAGUGGGGCAGAUAUAAACUUUCUCCAACGUUUCGGUUCAGAUGUUGUCGGGUCUUCAUCAGUGCAUGAAGCGAUAGUGGCCAAAAGUUGUGGCAUGACUGUGUUCGGUUUCAGUUUGAUAGGGUCAAUUUGUGGUGUGGAUUGCGUAAGGGAUGAGGAUCAUCACGAAGAAGCCAGUGGUGGGGCAGAUCUUACAGAGUUCUUUAGAAGGAUUAUCAAUGAAAUAAAUGUAACUGCAUGAGGUUCAAGGAAGUGGAACCGUGAAAGUAUUUGAUCUAUUUCUAUUUAUGACUUGUCAAUU